AUGGCUACUUUUUCCAUUCAUAGCUACCCUUUCUCUUUUAACCUUCAAAUAUUAAUCUUUCUAUUCUUUACAGCAAAACCCGUUUCCUCUUUUGCCCUUCAAAAUAACCCCAAUUUUGAUCCCUACAUUUCCCUCUUUGGGGAUGCCAGGGUCGAAAAUGGAAGCUCAAAUGUCAUCCUCACGCGCUCUCACGCGCCGAGUUCUGGUCUUUUAUUGCUGGACAAGCCCUUCAAGUUUGUAGGUGAACCGGUGUCGUUUUCAACUGAGUUUACCUUCUCUUUAUCACCUGGUAAUGCUGAUGGUUUAGCUCUAGUUUUUGUUCCUAAUGGAUUUCAAGCAAGGUUUACAAGUCAAGGAUCAUUUGGUCUUUUUGGUGAAAACAUGUAUUUGGGUAUUGAAUUUGAUACUCAAAAAGAUGAUAAAGUUGGUGACUUCAAUGCGAAUCAUAUAGGAAUUGACAUUAAUAGCCUUGAAUCUAUUAAAGUUAGUAACUUGUCAUCAUCAUCAAUGGUGUUAAACAAUGGUGAACCAUUGAAAUCUUGGGUUGAUUAUGAUUCAAGUUCUAAGCUUUUACAAGUUAGGUUAAGUACAUUUGAUUCAAAAAGGCCUUUUAGUCCAAUUCUAACAUACUCUAUUGAUUUGUUAGAAAUGUGGGGUACUAAAGAUGUUUUUGUUGGUAUAAUAUCAACAUCUAUUAAUGGAUCUUCUUUCAGUAAUGUUUAUUCAUGGAGGUUUAGGGUUAGACAUGUUUUGAAUUCGAUGCAUUCAUUGCCUGCAAAUCCACAUAAGGAUAGUGAUGGAUUUAGAACAGGGAAGAACAAGUUUUGUGCACUUACAUUCUUGGCAGGGUUGAUUUUUGGUACCGGAUGUGGAGCUUUGUUCGCAUUCGUGGUGUUGUUUAUGUGGGCGAUUUUGGUUAGUAGGCAUUCGGUGUUCCCGGUUGAAUGUCAAGUGAGUCCCGAAGAUUUUAGGUACGAGAUGGUCGAUGUGGUUGUAGAGAAAGACAAUCAAUUCGAUAAGAAUUAG